AAAUCAAAAGCAUCUGUGAAUUUGAAGAGAUAACUUUGCUGGAAUAUAUUUGAUGUGAGCAAGUGCAAAAUGAUAUAGUUAGCGAACUGGUGAAACGCUUUUACAUUGAUAUCAAUUGGGGACAUUAAAUUUUGUUACUUGAAAAAGCACAGCCCUAUUAAAACUAACAAAAAACUAUUAAAAUGCUGGUCAUAUUGGUAUCGUCAGUCGUUUGCUUGCUGUUCAACUGUGGGGCUUCGGCCAUUCCCAAGACGGAUCAUUACCCAAAGUUCGAGCACAACAAAGAGUACGAUCACGAAGCGUUUCUGGGAGAAGAAGCAAAAACUUUCGACCAGUUGGAACCGGAGGAAAGCCGACGACGGUUGGGAAUUAUUGUUGAUAAAAUAGACUCAGACAAAGAUAACUUUGUUAAUUUAUCAGAACUGAAGGCGUGGAUUCAAUACACGCAACGGAGGUACAUUGAGGAUGAUGUCAGCCGCCAAUGGAAACAGCAUAAUCCGAACGGUUCCGAGCUGAUUCAUUGGGAAACUUAUCGGAAAAACGUGUAUGGAUUUCUAGACGACAUGGAUCCUAAAGAGGUUGAGCAAGGUGAUGAACAUUUUUCCUAUAAAUCAAUGCUAACGCGUGACCGCCGCCGGUGGAGUGUCGCGGAUCGCGAUGGGGACGAUGAGUUGAAUAGAACCGAAUUCACCGAAUUUCUUCAUCCGGAAGAGAGUCCCUACAUGAGAGAUAUUGUGGUACAGGAAACAAUCGAAGACAUCGACAAAGAUCACGACGGUAAGGUGUCGGUGGAAGAAUAUAUCGGCGAUAUGUAUCGGGUUUCUGAGGACAACGAAGAGGAACCGGACUGGGUGAGGCAUGAGCGGGAAACAUUCGAACAGUUCCGGGAUCGAAACAAAGACGGUUUUAUGGAUCACUCGGAAGUGAAAGAUUGGAUCGUGCCAGCUGAUUUUGAUCAUGCCGAAGCGGAAGCACAUCACCUAAUUUAUGAGGCUGAUUCGGAUGCGGAUGAGAAACUAACCAAAGAAGAGAUUAUCAAUAAGUACGAUUUGUUUGUGGGGUCGCAGGCAACCGAUUUUGGCGAAGCUUUGACACGCCAUGAUGAAUUCUAGGUAGGUUUUUUGUAUUGAUACGAUACGUAGAAACUCGAAUGAUAAAUCACUUAAUUAGUACGUUUUGGGCAUUAAUUUUGACAAUUUAAUCAAUACUCAGAAGGUAUAAUAAGUAACAUGUGCCAGAAACGAAGCAUACUGAAUUGUACUAAUUUCUUUUGAGAAGGUUAAACAUAUUGCUGUAUUAAUUGUUUAACAAUAGCUAUUAUCAGUAACAAACAUAAAACAACUGAUUGAGUUACAGGCAAUGUUUAAGUCAGUAUUGCAUUUAAUAAAUUAUAGUUCAUUUUCAGCUAGUUGUGUUUUCCUGCUUUAGUAAAUCUUCGGUCGACCCUAGCUUUUAUCUUUCAACGCAAUAUUUUAGAUAAGUAUGUUUAAUUUCAUUAUUGGAUUUUAUAUGAGAACAAAACACAUUCUACACAUAAGAGAGGAAGCCAAACUAACCCAGCAUGGAUUAAACUGAAUAUAGAAUCACAUUGGCGUUUACGCAAAAAGAUAUCGUACCUUUUUUGUAAUUUUUCACAGGAUUUUCGGAUAGCAGUUAGAAAUGAGGGACAAUAAGUUGAUUUUAAUUUUUUCAAUUUUGCAUCAGCUUUCUCUCAGGACAGUGUCAUAUUUACAGAGAUGGAUUGCAUGUUUACAUUUGAGUUUCCUGUUUCAACAAAUUAUUUUCAUAUAACGAUUCGUUUUCAAAUCAUUCUUUCCAUUGUUCUACUCAAUACAAUUACAUGUGAUGAUCAAUACAUGUGGUAAUGUCAACGUUCUGUAUUUUACAAGCGCGAUUGGGCUAGUGUCGCUUUGCCAGAUGCACUUAUGGGUUGUUGUUAUUCGUAUAAAUUUAUAUACUUUGAGGUGAAACGCAGCGGUAACUUGGCCACAAUUACAGAAGAGACUUUGUCCUUUCCGGCAAGAAUUUGCCAUUUAUGUUUAAUUUUAAAUCAGAAGCGACUAGAAAAAAAAAACAAUGUUUACAGAAAUAUUAACUAAACUUUUUCAGGCCGUUGUCUUUUGUGGUUGAGACUAGAUCCGUUUGAAAAAAAUGCUUUGAACCUAAAACAGAUAUGUUAUCCAAAUUUGAUCCUUCCUGUAAAACCAUUUUUACUAAUUCUCUUUGUCUUAUGUAAGUAAUAUUAAUCUUAUGUUUUACCGAUUAAUUACAUUAAUUCGUUUCACUUGCUCA